AUGCCGGCUACCGCGGGGAGAGUGCGCAUGCCGCACGGCAACCGCGUCAGCAGCAGCUCCGCCCUCAAGAUGACGGGCAUCUGGACCAACACCAUUGGGUAUGACCCGUACGCCGCCGAGGGCGGGGGAGCCGAUGCCGAGGACGAAGCCAACGCGUUCGAGCAGGCGCAGGGGCUAAUGGCGCUGGCGAAGCUUUCGAACCAGGGAGUCACGGAGCAGCGAGGAGCUUGCAAAAAGUGCGGAUCGGUGGGCCACCUGACCUUCCAAUGCCGGAACCACAUCCAGCCUGUCGACGCGGGCGCGCCCAUGCAGGCGGUUGCGGAGGAGUCUGAUUCCGACUCGGACGACGUCAGCUCUUGCUCUUCGGUGUCCGACAGCAGUGACGGGGAGGACUCGGGCCGACGCAAGAGUGGCGGCGGGAGCGGCGCAAUCAGCAAGGGCAGCAAGGGUAAGGAGAAGAAGAGCAGCCGGGCCUCGUCUUCCUCCCACAAGGAUAGGGACAGGGGCAGGGACAGGGACAGGGACGGCGGGGGGGGCAAGAGAAAAAGGCGGAGGGAGGCGGAUAGCAGCGAUGACGAGGGGAGCAACGACAGCGACAGCGGCAGCGACGUCCGUCGCAAGGGUUCAGGGUCAAGCAAGAAGCGGCGAGCGCGCAGUGGCGACGAUUCUUCCAAGGAUAAGGGCAAGCCGGAGCGGCGGGAGCGAAAGGAAAAGAGGCGGAAGGACCGGGAGAGGGAAAAAUCGCGUAAGUCGUCCUCGAAAAAGUCCAAGAAAGACAAGCGAGAAAAGAAGAGCAAGCACAGCAAGCACAGCAGCCGGAAGAAGUGAUUCGUCUGUUUUCGUCUUUGUAUGUACCAAGCCCCUUUUGAGCGACUAUAUGCAGCCAAAGCUGGCUGGCACCCCAGAAGGGCGAAGCACCGCAAUCGCGGGGUGGGAGAGGUGGCCAUUUGAGUGCUGUGUUGCAACCGAUGACGCGAAGAGUGCACGUGUGUGUGCGAGCCACCCAAGCGACGAGUUUACGAUAAGAGAAAAUGUUUGGGCGAGGGGAGCAGCUCGAACCAACCCCCCAAAGCCUCGACGAUAUGUAUGGGGGAAAUGCUGACGCGAAGGCCUGGUUGGUAAGAAGCAGAGGAGGGAAGAGGGGCAAGAAGAGGCAAUCAAGCUGUCGUACGUUGCGUGCUAUUCGACUUUGUUUGUUUUGGUCCCUUUGUGCUGCGUGCUGGGAAUGGUCGCGGGGGUGGGUGGGCUUGUCUCUCAAGGUAUCCUCGUGAGCCUGUUUAGAACGUGUGUCGCUUGGAGAUUCUGUUUCCGUUGUGAGCAAUUACGUCUUUGGGAACGAGCGCCCGCCUUGCGGCCUUUAGACACAAGUGACCCACCCUCUGUUGACGUUUGUGAUGAAGACAAGCAUGCGUUCCUGCGUGAAGCUAGCAUCUUUUGAAGCUGGUGUGGACGAGAAGGGGAGAAUAUUGUCGCAAGCACUUUGCCGUAGCUGGUACGCCAAUGAAAGCAAGUGCCCACACCUCACAGGGUCGUGCCUUUUGACCGUAGUAGUAGUGCUUUCACAGUUACGUUUGCGAGGAUGUCCUUUCACCUGUCUGAUGUAGAAGUGUGAACGGGUGCAUUGUUGCCUUAUGGAGUUUCGUAUGUU